AGCAAUAUGCAAAUAAUUAAAUAUUGAUUUUGAUAAUUAAAAAAGUUGUUACUUGUCGUAAAUUUUUAUAUUGAGCACUGUUUUCUAAGUGUAUACAAGAGGAUACAAAUAGGCUAUCUCGAAAGAUUUUCCCCCGGGUGUAAAUUUCCAAUAAAUAGUUAUUGCAGUAAUAGAGUAUGCGAUAAUGCAGGUUGUUGUAGCACAUAAAGAUGCCAGGUUUCUAAAGUUAUGGUUGGAAAGCUAUAGAGAUAGCUACAAGCCGACACUUUGGUACUACAAUGCCGGAGAGCUGCCGACGAGAAUCCUUGAGAAACGGCCGUUUCUUGUCCACAAGGAGCCGAAGCUUUUUGGCGUUUACGGUGUAGUUAGAAAAAUAUUUGAGACACCGUUUACAGAAUGGAGGACGUACUACGCCUUUCAUCUUAUGGCGCGACAUCAGUUCUUGUUCAAAAAUAUAACCAAGGAGGCAACGUACCCUGUCAAAUUUAACGAAAGUAAUAUUCAUAAGUAUCCGAUAGCUUUCAGAGAUAUGGUGUAUGAUGUAUAUCCAUAUAAAACAAAUAUUAAAAAUGUACAAGCUAAAAACAAGGAAAAGUUCAAAAUCAAACCAAAGAAACCGAAUUGAUAUGUAAAUCUUUAGUAUUUCAAAAAUAUUUAAAUAAACUUUAUUUUAAUUAAU